AUGCCUCACGCGAGCCUGCCGAUUAAUCCAAUCACAGGCGUACACUUUACUCCAACAGAUUUUGAAGAUCACGAAAAAGAUUUACAUUGGUACCUCGAUCAAAAUCAAGAAGCAUAUUGGGAGGUUGAUGGCCAGGUCAUCAGCCUCAAAGAAAGCAUAGAAAAUUUCACGACAAAAGAAUAA